GCCGAAGAUGUCGGCUCGGUCAUGUGAUCAGCUGUGUCCAAUCAUAGCUGUUCACAUGUAAACAGGGAAAUGCCAGUUAUCGGCAUUUCUCUCCUCUCGAGCUGUCACGCUGACAGCUCGGGACAUGUACACUGAUCAUCAGUGUGCCCUGAUGAUCAGUGUAGCCCCAGCAGUGCCACCUGUCAGUCUCCAUCAGUGCCUCGUGUCAGUGCCACAUCAAUGCCACAUAUCAGUGCCUACCAGUGCAUAUCAAUGCCACAUCAGUGCCCAUCUGAGCUGCCAAAUCUGCCGCCAAUCA